CGAAUGUUGAAAUCAUGGCUGACGUUUACUUUUUUCUCCAUCCUGCCGCGUUAUUCUGUCAGGCGCCACCCGAAAUCAAAGAAGGUCAAUUCCAGGUUCAUUCUGAACCCGCCGCUCCAAUGACGUGUAGUGAUGGCUGCGUAAAUAGGAUUCCGUAUUGAAGAGCCGGGUCGGAAAUUCCUCUCGGAUCAUAUAUACCCACCUACCCACACAGAAUAGGAAACAAAAACCAUUUCUUUCAAGAUUGGGGCAGUUUUUUAACAGAAGAUUCAUGAGAACUAUGUGACUAGAUUGAGGAGGAGACUGCAGUUUGAGGAAAAGAAGCAGUCUUAUCAAAGACGGGUUCUGUCUGAUUCAGAAAGUGUAAGAUGGUUGAAUCACGCUCUAGAGAAACUCUGGCCUGUUUGUAUGGAGAAUAUUGUCUCUCAGAAAUUUCUCCUCCCUAUCAUACCAUGGUUCAUGCAAAAAUAUAAGCCCUGGACAGUGAAGAGUGUUGUUGCUCAGCACUUAUACUUGGGAAGAUGUCCACCUAUUUUCACAGAAAUGAGAGUUCUUCAGAAUUCUACAGGCGAUGAUCACUUGGUUUGUCACUCUCAUUUCAGCAUUAACAUAUAUCUUGGGUGGAAAUUUGGCUCAAUAUUUGUAAGGCCUUGGAGUUGGGAAUGAACUUCUGCACUGAGGAUAUGAAUGCAGUUCUAGCUGCGAAAUUGAAGAAAAGAUUGGGUUUUGGGAUGUGGGCAAAAAUGCACUUGUUGGGCAUGCAUGUUGAGGGAAAGGUUUUGGUAGGUGUGAAGUUCCUCCCCAGUUGGCCAUUUAUUGACCGUUUGAGGGUUUGCUUUGCUGAGCCACCUUAUUUUCAGAUGACUGUGAAACCUAUCUUCACUCAUGGACUAGAUGUUACAGAAGUCCCAGGGAUUGCUGGAUGGCUGGACAAACUUUUGGCCCUUGCUUUUGAGCAGACACUUGUUGAGCCAAACAUGCUAGUUGUUGAUGUAAAGAAAUUUGCCUCGCCACAACCAGGUUUUCUUGUGUGGGUAUAAAAGUCAGUAAGGCAUCUUAUGUUCCCCCUUUUUUUGGUUAUCUUCAGACAACUGGUUCUCCGUUGAUGCUAAGGAAACUGUUGCACAUGUUGUUGUGCAAGUUUUUGAGGCAGCUGAUUUGAAGCCUUCUGAUCUUAACGGAUUGGCUGACCCUUACCUGAAGGGGAGACUUGGGCCUUACAGCUUCAGGACCAAGACUCAAAAGAAGACACUUACUCCAAAGUGGCAAGAGGAAUUCAAAAUCCCAGUUUUUUCUUGGGAGUCACCAAAUGAUGAACUCAAAAUUAAAGUUUUUGAUGAAGACCGCUUUAUGGAUGAUCCAUUAGGAGAUUGCUGCAUAAAAGUUACCGACUUUAGAGAUGGGCAACAGCAUGAUAUCUGGUUGCCUCUUCAGAAUAUCAAAAUGGGAAGGCUACAUCUUGCAGUAACUGUGUUUGAGUAUGACAACGAUAAAAAGGAUGGAGAAAAAAUGUGUGACGAAGCAAGUGCUGAUGACGAGAAGAACAUAGAAUUGUUUGGGAAUGAUGGAGCUGAUGUUGGAGGCUUCUCACCUGAACAACCUGACAAAUCCCAUAAUGCUGGAGACAAGUAUGAGCCCAUUGAUGUCAAAGGGCAAGAAGAGACUGGGAUAUGGGUCCAUCACCCGGGGGUUGAAAUCGCGCAAGUCUGGGAGCCAAGGACGGGUAAAGGCAGGACCAUUGAUGGAGAGAAGUCUGAUUCACUGGGGGGGAGUUUCAAGUCAAGCACUUGGGACAGCGAUGAAAAUGAUAAUGGACAUUCAUCGAAUCGGUUCCGUAGGGGGUUGAGUAAAAUUAGUUCAGUUUUUCACAGGAGUCCCAGAUCUCAUCCUGAUAGAUCAAACAACAGUCUUGGUGAGCCUGCCACACCUCCACAUAUAAAUCUCAAGGCAGUAAAUGCAAAGAACAUUGGCGUAAUAUAUGUAAAAGAUGGUGCAAAUGCUGCUGCUCAAUCACCUGCAAGAUCGAAAGCAGAAGAUGGUAAAGAAUCUCAGGAGGGAGAUGAACAAGACAGUCCAACCAAGCAUAAAAUGAAGGACAAAGCUAAGAACAUGUUGAAGCACGUGGGGAAAUCUGCUCACGGCAUAAAACAUGUUCUUUCUCAUAAGGGAUCAAGAAAAUCAAAAGCCGAGCCCGCUGUGGUGUCCGAUUCUUCGGAUGAAUCAUCUGUCGUGUCAUCUGAUGAUUCCCCACAACAAGCUGUUGAUGAAAUUGAAUCCAAGAAUAGCAAUUCAGUAGAUGUUAGCCUUGAAGAUAAUCCCAUUCCAGGUGACCGAAAACUGAAUGAACCGGAAAAUGUUACACGUCAAUGAUGGCAUGAGGCAAUCAAGACAAAAAUGCUUUAAAUAGGUUGAAAUGUAAAAAAAUUAAUGGUUUUUAUACAUUUUCCCCAAGUGAUUCUGGUGCUACAGCAAUCAAUAGUUCUGUCUUUUCUUUGUACGAUAAGUUUUGUGUUUGCCUGUCUCAGCCAAAGGCAUAUAUUGAUAUCAGUUCUUACCAUGUGCAUGCUCUAAAUUACUCGGUCCCCCCUCGGGUAUUGGCUCUUCGGUACAGCCUGUUUCAGCCUUUGAUUUAUAAAUGGCUGCGGCACAAAAUUAACAG